AUGGGCAAGGCUCUGAACAAGGCUACUCCUGUGAACUUCUAUUUCAUACUGUGCGAGUUGACGAUGUAUCAGAUCCCACUGGAAAAGCGUCCCUGCAAAAGGCACAGUAGACCCGAGGAUUCUUCAAACGGUCCAUCAUCUGAAUUUGCCUUCCCAAAUUGUGAAUCCAGGACUUACGAGCAUACUAUGAUUUAUAGCCUAUACAACUGA